AUGUACUUCAGUGUUUUGUUCCUAUAUCUUUGUUAUGCUCUUACUGUGGUCGGCAAUCGUACGGUAGGUGUUUACGUUGUUGCGGUUUCAAUUUGUCUGCUAGGCCUAAACUACGGUCGUCCAAUGAAGUUGAUGGUUGUAAAGAUACCAAACACUAAGCUUUCUCUACUCUAAAAUUUUCCAAAGAUAAACUAGUUUAUAGAGUAUUUCUACCUUUUGGCUAAGCCACAUAUUUUUAUCACUCCGAAGGUCUGAACUCAAUAUUACAGGAAAUCUACAGUUCCCCACCGAGUCAUUUACCUACAAAAAGAAUAUACAUUCAUGGUCGUCCUGUUUAUAUCAGACAAAUGUUCGUAUCCCCGUUGAGGAGCUCACGAUCUACAGGUAAUAUCUUUCGUUUUAAGAAUAUAAAUCAACGUAAAAACUGGAUAUACAACAUAAUGUGAAAUUUGUCCAGAAAAAAUUAAAAACGUGAAAUUUGAAUUAAAAAAAGUAAAUUUUUUCAGAAGUUCGACUAAACCCACGUAAGAAACGGUGUCCUGGACUGUUUGGCGCUGCAGGUAAGUAAAACAAGAACAAAACCAGACAAAUUCUGUUUUUACAAAAAUUAAAAUAUUUGUGGCGAACUGAGACAAUAACUAUUGAUUUUCUGUUGAGAUAAGUAAUUUCUUAUUGAUAACAUCAAUCCGAAACGAAUAUUAUCCACAAACGUUAACAGUUGUCUAAAAUUAGUCUAUUGUAUUAUAUAAAAUUAUAAAUUACUUGAAUUUAAAUUUUUGAAAUUAAUUUCACGUUUUUUAGCGCCGCCGCCUGCGGCCCCUGCAUAUGCUCCAGCCGCUUAUGCUCCGGCAGCAGCUCCAGCGUACAGUUACCAAUAUUAUCAAAGCGCAGCCCCAGCGCCAGCACAAGUCCAAAUACCUCAACAAAUAGUCCUUCAACAACCUAUUCAAGUUGCAAGUUUUCUCAAUUUUGAAAUGAUUAUCUUUUGAGAUUGGAUUUGAAGCUUAAAAAAUACAGCACGGUCUUACUUUUUUUAUUUUAGUAAAACUAUUUUUAAUUAAAAAAUAUAGGUUUUGCUUUCAGGUGCCAGCCCAACCCCCAGCAGUUGCUCAACCUCCUCUCACUCUACCUCAGCCUCCUCCGCCGCCACCACCCCCGACCACAAUACCUCCACCUCCAGAAGAUGGGGAAUAUCUGGAACGGCCAGAAUACCCAUUGCCAGAGUGCUACACGGACGACAGUAACUUUAUGUGUUGCAAUAAUAAGUUGGAACAAUAUAUGAAGGAAGCCUUCAUCGAACUAAAACAGUCGAGGGAUGACUGGACAUCGUGUAACAUUCAGCAGAUAGCUCACAAGGUACAGUUGCGAGCGGAGAAAGAGUUCAACACCAACUUUGAAGUGAUCAGUGGAGUGGGAGACUAUGCCUCUAAGUCCCAUUUCUACAGUAAUCUUAUUUGCAAGAUCGAAAGGGAAGGAAAGUAGGUUGGCUUAUUGUUAGUAAAGGUGGUUACAGUGUGUCACAUUACAAUAACAACAUCAAUAUUCUGUCAAAAUUAUGUCUGCUGCAUUAUUUAAUAUUUGCAUAUUCGAAAUAUUUAUUAUUUUAAAUAUUUUCCAGAUUCAUCUUAGCGUACGCUACGCCUCGCCCUGACGACGAAGAAGGCGGCGAAGAUUCUGGAACGUUAGUAGAAGGUAAUGACAUAACUGGCAAUGGGGAGGGUGCUAACGGAGGUCCGAAUGGUUCCGAUGGUGGGGUUGGCGAUGGAGAUGGUAAUAACGGUGAACAAGGCGGUAAUGGGUACGGUAACAACUCUCCGCCAAGUUACUCGGCCAACGAACGAUCUUAUCCAUAG